AUUUAUUUAAUUCUCAUUUCAGCGCGCCUGUGUGGAUGUGCAGGCUUUCGGAGCGAGAGGAGUGAAUUCCGCGAAAGACCUUAAAACGCUCAACAAGUGUUUUUGUUGUUGUUGUUUUUCUUCUUUUUGUAAAUUAUUGUGCUGGAUACUCUUGAUUCUGCGGAGUUGUGAGGACAAAGCCGCUUCCCUUUUCUGCGUGCUGGAGGCACGUAUCUGUUCUCGGAGGAGGACGCCGCCUGUUUUCUGGACAGAAUGUCAUUGAAAGUCGUGUGAAGUGUGGAUGGAAACUGAAGCUGCUUCUGAAAGCCUGAAAUAACGCGAACCAAGUUAACAGUCUCUGCUUCCUCUUUCUGUGAGCGCUUCAGUCACGGGUGGACUUUCUUUCUUUUUCUUUUUUUCCGGUGUUCCUUCCGUCAUCAUUUCUCCUUAGAUACUGACAAUGACUGCGUGUCGUGUUUUCCGAGAAAGCAUGGGCUGAGAUUUUUAGGGGGUUGAUUUGACUUGUGUGCGCCCUCCCGUGCCUCAUUUUUGGGGGGUGUGCGUGUUUGUGGACGCCUUGUCAGGAUGGAUCGGUGCGCGUCGGAGUGUGAGCGUCUGUUUUGGUCGAUACUUUAUGUGCAAUAACACUUCCUCUGCUGUGACCGAAGGAGCGAGUGUCCUUGUCAUUCAUCCUCGGAUGGAUGUUCCGACCCAAACAUCCCUUACGUAAUGACAUGUGUGUUGGAGGUGAAAAGAGGCAUUACUGGAUGAGUGGUGUGGAGAAAUAAGCGACGCCGACGGUCAAUGAGCGACCAGGGCUCUUAUCUACAGCAGACCGGAAAGCCGGUGCCAAUAUGACCGGCGCUGGAGCGCUGAGGGCGGCUCUGGAGAGGAGAGGGAGGGCCGCGGGCGGAGAGCAACCUUUCAAGGACGAGGAAGGAGGAAUGAUGGAGAAACAUCUGUGAGGACAAACGAGACUCUUGAAGUGGGGGUGAAAAUGAGGCUGCUGGCGCGACAGUGGGAAGAGUAAAGAAUUCAAUUAUCUGCGUGGGGCCAUUUCCAAGGGCACGGAGGUAAGGAUGGCCACAUUACCGGAGAGAGGGCGGGGGUGCGAGGAAGCAGCUCCAGGAGAAUGAACACAGACUCGGGUUACUUUCCCCCCCAUCAUCUUUUGUUUUAAUAAAAGCGACAGAGACAUCUUUACCUAUGUAGGAUAAUCUGAACAGGUGAUCACAGCCUACAGGUUAUAGCACCAUUCUCCCUGAGUGGGGAUGGAUGGAGUGGCGGGAGGUGUGAGCACUCCUGGCAGCGCUGGCGGCUCUGGGGGUGACACCCUACCCAGGCGGACUGAUGGAGAAGCAAAGCGGCGCAGUAAAGGCAGCCUGCCCUCCCCGGGCUACCGUCUGUCCCAGGCCUCUCUGGAGGGAGAGAAGGGCUCCUUCAGUGCAGACAGCUCCUCCAUGGGUGGACGAGGCCGCCGCCCCUCCAUCAUGAGCUCCUCCCCCAGGGACAGCCUCCCCUUUCGGGCGGCAGGCACCCCAACCACCCCGGGGACCCUACCCAUGGCACUGCCACCUCCAGCAGCAUCCUCCUCCUCUGGCUGUACCCAUCCUCCUCCUGCUCCACGCUCUGUGGGCUUCGCAGCAUCCCGUGCCGCCCUGGCCUCCACCUCCUCCACCGGAACCGGGGUCAUGGUGGUGGCCACUGGCGCAGAGACGACCACCACAGCCUGCAACACCACCGCAGCGGGGACACCGGACAUGGCAUGCCAGUCUGGGCUGGGAGGAUUCGGUAUGGGUCUGGACGGAGAGGACUACAGCAACUCCAACCAGAGCACCUUCAUCCAAAGACAGUUUGGUGCCAUGCUUCAGCCUGGAGUCAACAAGUUCAGUCUUCGUAUGUUUGGGUCCCACAAAGCUGUUGCCAUGGAGCAAGAGAGACUAAAAUCAGCAGGAGCCUGGAUCAUCCACCCCUACAGUGACUUCAGAUUUUAUUGGGACCUGCUGAUGUUACUGCUGAUGAUGGGGAACCUGAUCAUCCUGCCGGUGGGCAUCACGUUCUUUCGGGACGAGAACACCCCUUCAUGGAUAAUCUUCAACGUGGUUUCUGACACUCUCUUCAUGGUUGACCUGGUUCUGAACUUCAGGACCGGCAUCAUGAAGGAAGACAGCACCGAGAUCAUCCUUGACCCAAGGGCAAUCCGCCAGAAGUACCUGAAGACCUGGUUCCUCGUGGACUUUGUGUCGUCCAUCCCUGUGGACUACAUCUUCCUGAUGGUGGACAGUCUGGACUCGGAGGUCUACAGGACGGCCCGGGCGCUGCGGAUAGUCCGCUUCACCAAAAUCCUCAGCCUGCUCCGUCUGCUGCGCCUGUCCAGGCUCAUCCGCUACAUCCACCAGUGGGAGGAGAUCUUCCACAUGACCUAUGACCUUGCUAGUGCCAUGGUGAGGAUUGUAAACCUGAUUGGUAUGAUGCUGCUUUUGUGCCACUGGGAUGGCUGUCUCCAGUUUCUGGUCCCCAUGCUGCAGGAUUUCCCUUCUGACUGCUGGGUUUCCAAGAACCUGAUGGUGAACGACACAUGGGGUGUGCAGUACUCCUACGCUCUGUUCAAAGCCAUGAGCCACAUGUUGUGUAUCGGGUAUGGCGCCCAGGCUCCCGAGGGGAUGACUGAUGUGUGGCUCACCAUGCUCAGUAUGAUCGUCGGUGCCACCUGCUACGCCAUGUUUAUCGGCCACGCCACCGCCCUCAUACAGUCGCUGGACUCGUCUCGGCGACAGUAUCAGGAGAAGUACAAGCAGGUGGAGCAGUACAUGUCCUUCCACAAGCUUCCUGCCGAUCUGCGGCAAAAGAUCCACGAGUAUUACGAGCAUCGCUUCCAGGGCAAAAUGUUCGAUGAGGAGAACAUUCUGGGAGAGCUCAGUGAGCCACUGAAGGAGGAGAUUGUCAGCUUUAACUGCAGGAGCCUGGUGGCAAACAUGCCGCUGUUUGCCAACGCUGAUCCCAACUUUGUGACCGCAGUGUUGACCAAGCUCCGAUUUGAGGUGUUUCAGCCAGCUGACUUCAUCAUUCGUGAAGGAACCGUUGGUCGUAAGAUGUACUUCAUUCAGCAUGGACGGGUCGGCGUACUGACCAGAGGCAACAAGGAGACCAAACUGAGUGAUGGGUCCUACUUUGGGGAGAUCUGCUUGCUAACUCGUGGACGAAGAACAGCCAGCGUGCGCGCAGACACGUACUGCCGCUUGUACUCUCUCAGUGUGGACAGCUUUAACGAGGUUCUGGAGGAGCACCCAAUGAUGCGGCGAGCCUUUGAAACGGUUGCUGUUGACCGUUUGGACCGCAUUGGUAGGAAGAACUCUAUGCUCCUGCGAAAGUCAUCCCAGGGUGGUUCUCUCGGUGGGAGUAUGGGUCGUGGCGGAGGCCGCGGCGGAGGCGGUCCUGGUGCUGGCCUUGCAGCGAGUGGUCUGGGCUCCUGCGACAGCAUGCUGGUGCAGCAGAUUGUCAAGCAUGACAGCAUGCCAGCCAUGCAGGACACCAUCGCAGCCGCUGCUGCAGGAAGGAGUGGGAUAAUUGGAGGAAGUGGCACGGUGUCCCCUCGUCCCCGCCCUGUCAUCUGGGCACCACUUGUCCAUGCUCCCCUGCAGACGGCUGCUGCGACCAGUAAUGUAGCCAUCACUCUUAUGCACCAGCAGCAACAGCAGCAGCUCCAGCAGCUGCAGCAGCAUGCUCUUGGAGCCGGUUUCUUCUUGCCGUCUCCUAUGAUUUCUCCUUCACCCUCAUCCACUUUUCCUCUUUCUCCUCCCCGCGCUCCUGUGCUGCAGCCCCUUCGCCCUUCAGUGAGCUCUCUUAUUGGGAUGAUGGCAAUGGGAGGAAUGAGUGGUUUGUCCCCAAGAGGAUUUCCACUGUCACCCUCCACUAUGGGCCCUCCAGGUGGGGUAACAUCACCUCCAAUUGCUAAAACACCACCCACUUCAGCUUCUUCUGGACCAACUUCUGUCCAGCAAGGACGGACUGUUAUCUAUGGUCCCCGUUUUCAGGCUGAUCACCCCUCAAUGACAGCUGGAGCACUUGUAACACCACCAGCAGGAGGGCCAGGCUCACCACUACACAAGGUACCACCCACCAACCCACCCGCAUCCUCCAGUGGCUCAUCAGAUGGAAUCAGCUGUCAGCAGGGAGCCAAAGAGGCUCUUCUACGUCAUGGGGUGAACAGUUGUCAGGGUCUGCCAGCACUGGGGAGGCUAACCCAAGAGGCCAGGCUCCUGUCAGCCUCACAGCCCACUCUUCCUCACCGCUCCUGGGCCGCUGUGCAGCCUCAUCCUCCUCUCCAUCGGAAGGCCUCUGGUGGGAAUUUGUUGGCGGCUCCUUUCCUGGCAGGACAGUUGGCAAGAGGUGGCAGUGCAGGCAUGUUGACCAAUAACCCUACACUACAGCUGGUGACAAACAUACCAUUGAAUGCACAAGUACAGGCCACAGGUCCUAUUCAGCUGGCUAUGCCAAUCCCUGCAAACACAGCCUCUGUGCCCACAGCUGCACACAUCCCCUCUACACCUUUCUUGCCAUCUUCUUCCCCUCCAAAGCAGACCUCCCUCUCCUCUGUCACCCCAUCACCUACUCCUUCUUCCCCGACAACUAUUCUUACCCAAACACCUCGACCAAAGCCGAUUCCUUCGACACUGUCCUGCUGCUCCUCCCCACCCUCAGCAAGUCCGUUGUCCACACCCCGUCCCAAACCAGUUCCUACACCUUCUCCCUGCUCUUCCUCUCCCUCUCCAUCCUCCACACCUCCUCCCUCAGCUGUUUCUACCCCAGUUCCUCUGGCUCAACCUUACGGACCCAGAUCAUCACUUACAUCUUCAUCUCCCCCAUCCUCUGUGCUCUCCUCUUCUCCGCCACAUCCCCAGAGCCCCAGAGCCAAAGCAUCCAACACACCUCCUUCUGCCUCUCCGCUGUCUGGCCACAGCCCUACCUUGACCCCGACUGUGUCACCAAUUCCCACUCCAACUCAGACAACCCGCACCCGACCUUCUACUCCUACUCAGACACUUACUCCUACAUCAUCCCCGUCUCCUUCUGGGCCCUCCUUUAGUAAAUCCCAGAGCCCCACAUCUUGCCUCCAGCCCUCCGUCUCUGGCUCACCCAGGGUUUCUGCCUCAAGCAAGACCCCAAAGCAGACUUCCCCUCUUAACCCCAUUCAGUUGUCAGCCCCAGCCUCAACACCUCUUAGCACAAACUCUCCAACAAAAGUCACUUUUUCAGUUCGUCCUGUGAAACAAACCUCCCCUGUCCUUUCUCAUAGUCCUACUUCUGGCUCCAGCCUUUCUACCAAACAAAGCCCUUCAACGAAAUCAUCCUCUGCAACUUCAUGUCCCAGCCAAAGCUCCUCAAACCCUUCCUCCAUUUCUACCAGUUCCUCCACAACCACAGCCUCUCAUCAACAAGCUUCCACCGCUGCAGCCAACCAGACAGCACACACACCCUCCUCUGCCAACUCCACCUCGCCAAAAGGGGGGAAGAAAGACCCUCAGCUGGCAGUCACCAGAACAGACUCGGAGGGACUAAGGCACCAACUGCCUGCUAACAUGUAAGAGGAGGAAGAAUAUUUCUUUGACUUUUUGUGCUUCAACCAGUGCUAAAUACCAGAGCCAUGGAUGUGCAGACUUGAGUCAAACUUGCCACCAGGUAGCCCAUGAUCUCACAUGAACAGUUCAUACAUGUUGAAUUUACUCUAGGAUGUGGUUGACUUAGAAAAUCAGGUCUUCAUGGGACUUUCAGCAAAACCAUCAAUUGAAAAGGACUUCCUGGGAGUGACCAGUGGGUCUUACUCGCUAAGAGGAGAGUCUAUUGAACAUCCAAAUGUAUACAUUCGUGUCUGUGUUAGUGAUUGUUGGAGCAAGCAGGUAAUCUGAAGUGGAAAUAUGCUGCGCUGUAUUUACAGAGUGGUUGGGAGUAGGCAUGGGCAGGUUACAGUGUCAGAGUACCCUGAGGUUUUAAUCAGGCGCUUCUUAAAAAAUUAUUUGAAGUUAUUUUAAUGAAAGACCACAGAAACAUCAGGAUGGACAGGAAAUGUAUUGGAACAAACACAUCACAGUUUUGCCCCUCGACCAGCUGCUGCUGUUGAUCAGCUGGCUGAAAGGAAGCUGCUGCAUUUUUAUUUUUUUACCAAGAAAGACAAAACCUGUUGCUUAAAAAUGAAAGAGGUACCGUCUAUCACUCUUAUUCAGGUAACUGUUUAAUAACAAUAGUUGGUUUGCUACAUGCUAAUCAACUUCAGGUCAUAUCUGAACAAAUAGCUUGAUUAAUCAAUCAGCUAAUAUCAUAUAUGCACCACAUAUAAGAUACAUACCACAAUUAUUUAUACCUCUGGCAGAUUUAGAUUUAAAGUAAUCAUUUGACUUUAUCAAAAAUACCAGUGAAAAUGUGUAGAAAGUUGGUCAGCAGUUACAAGAAAUAUUUGAUGGUUGCAAUACCUAUACAGGUUUUUCCAUUCGUUAUUGACAAAGGUUUGAAUAACUUUCAAUAUGUCUUUUUUGAUAAAAUGAAAAUAAAAACAGAAAUAUUGUCUUUUUCAAUAAUUAUAUCCUUUUAAUCUUUUGUCAUGUUCCCUAUCAAAAAUAAACUUCUUGUUUGAAGGAAAAUAACUGUAAACCUAAAUCGUAAAAAUUGGAGAAUGAACUCGGGCUAAACUAUAUGUUUCUCUACAGAGAAAAAUAAAUAAAUGAAGAACAAUUACAUUUACUUAACAACUAACAAUAAAUUAAACUGUUUUUAUUAUAUAAUUUUAUUUUAGUGUUUCAAAAUAAAUAUACUGCCAAGUAAAUGUUAUAAAAAGCUGUGUUAUGAAUCAAUAUCUUGUAUUGUUUAGUUAUUAUUAUUUGUAUUUUAUUAUAUUUAUUUAAAUGAAAGCAAUUGGAUCAUUGGGGUCAUAUUUAAUUUUUUAAAAAGUGGUGUUUUUACAUAAAUUUUUCAUUAAAAUCUCAAACCAGCCCAUGCCUUCACAGCAAGGUUAUUUACAGCAAUAUUUAUUAACAGUUACACUCAUUGAUAACAAGAAAUCACCUUUGCAGGGACUGUAAAUGUGAGAAAAUGAUCAUUUUAUUGCUGUUGGGGUGAAAGGUCACUGUGAUAGAGCAGCAGACACUUCCUGGUUUCCAGCUCCAACUCCCUCUUGCUUCCCAUUCUUCACCAAAAUGUAAUAUUUUCUCAUCAGAAUAAAAAAUAAUUAUAUUGAAACUCACUGUAAACUUGAUGCUCAUAUGAAUUUGAAUAAUUAGGAGCAGUACACUGGUAGUUUUGUUGUCCCUGGUGUGUGUGGUGUUUAGUUUUUGAACAAUACGAAAUCCUAAAAACCUACAUGUUCACGCUGACAGCUUCUGUGAAACUGUGCUUUUCUAUGUGCGCGACUCAACGCUGCUCUGCUGUGCACCGUGGCUCACAUGAUUUUGUUCCACCCGGCUUCCUGUAGUGUGCGCUUCCUCACCGUCGGCCCCUUUGUCUUUCAUCUUCUGUCUGUCUAGCUGCCUUUCAUCUGAUUUUACAGCUCUGGUUGCUAGCAGUUCCUUUGACGCUCGCAGACUCCCUCUCCCUCUUUCUCUCGGUUUGCCCAACACUUUGCUCGCCGCUGCCGUCAGCCUCGUCUUCAGUUGGCGGCGUCCUCCUUAUGUCGCCGUGUGACACUGUUUCAGUGAUGUUUGAUGUUUUCCGUGGGUAGCAACAAGACAUUUCAAUCUUGACCCUUGAUACCAUGUUGCCUAGACUAUAUAUGUAUAUAUAUUUAAGGACCAAAUGUUUUAUUUUUAUUUAUCGCAGUUUUAGCUUUUGAAAAGAAAAAGUAGCAAAUGAUGCUGCCAAAUGAACAUGUUGAGUGUGGCACUAAGGAUGGUGGUAAUGUGCGUAGUGAUGAUGAGGAGAAGUUGCUGCUGGUGUACAUCUGGAUGUAAGAAUAAAACAGAUUUAGUAUCAA